AUGGCAGAUCUGAAAGUCGAGCUGACUGCGCCCAAUGGGCGGAAAAUCACCUUGCCCACUGGUCUUUUCAUAAACAACGAGUUUGUCAAGGCGAGUUCGGGUGAGAAGAUCACCAGCAUCAACCCCUCGGACGAAAAGGAAAUCUGCUCCGUCGAGGCGGCCUCUGCGGAUGACAUUGACAAGGCCGUCAAAGCCGCUCGUGCAGCCUUCAAUGACCCUUCGUGGCGCGAUCUCCCUGCCACGGACCGCGGCGCCCUCAUGUACAAGUUCGCAGACGUCCUCGAGGCAAACAAGGAAACACUUGCCACGCUUGAGACGUGGGACAACGGAAAGCCAUACAGUGUCGCGUUGAACGAGGACUUGGGCGAGGUCGUGUCCACCAUCCGAUACUAUGCGGGAUGGGCGGAUAAGAUUCAUGGCGAGACAAUCCCAACCAACCCCCAGAAGUUUGCCUACACCCUCAAGCAGCCCAUUGGCGUCUGCGGCCAGAUCAUUCCCUGGAACUACCCUCUGGCCAUGGCCGCAUGGAAACUGGGACCGGCUCUCGCAUGCGGCAACACUGUAGUUCUCAAGCCCGCGGAGCAGACGCCCCUGUCGAUUCUCUACCUCGCGAGUCUCGUUCCGGGUAUCUUCCCUCCUGGUGUCAUCAAUAUUGUGAAUGGUUUCGGAAGGGAAGCAGGACACGCUCUCGCCUCCCAUUUGGAUGUGGACAAGAUUGCCUUUACUGGCAGCACCACCACAGGUAAACAAAUCAUGAAGACAGCCAGCGUCAACAUGAAGAACAUCACCUUGGAGACUGGCGGCAAAUCACCCCUUCUUGUCUUUGACGAUGCCGAUCUCGAGCAAGCCGCCAAAUGGGCCCACAUUGGCAUCAUGUCAAACAUGGGUCAGAUCUGUACGGCCACCUCCCGCGUGAUUGUUCAGGAAGGUGUCUACGACAAAUUCGUUCAGCUAUUCAAAGAGGUUGUCAAGACCACGUCCAAGGUCGGCGACCCAUUUGCCGACGAUACGUUCCAAGGCCCUCAGGUGACCAAGGCUCAAUAUGAGAAAGUCCUCGGAUACAUUGAGAGUGGAAAGUCGGAAGGCGCGACCCUGGCAACCGGAGGUGUUCCGUACAAGAACGUCGGUGACGGAAAGGGUUUCUUUAUCGAGCCCACCGUUUUCACAGGCGUCAAAGACAACAUGAAAAUCUACCGCGAAGAGAUCUUCGGCCCCUUUGUGGUCAUUGCAUCAUUUAAAACGGAGGACGAUGCGGUGCGCAUGGCGAAUGACACGACUUAUGGCCUGGGCAGCGCAUUGUUUACCAGCAACAUCGAGCGAGCACACCGUGUGGCGGGCAGGAUUGAGGCUGGUAUGGUCUGGAUCAACUCGUCAAACGAUUCGGACUUCAGAGUGCCAUUUGGUGGCGUCAAGCAGAGCGGCAUCGGACGAGAGCUCGGCGAGGCUGGCCUGGCGGCAUAUACCCAAACAAAGGCGGUGCACGUUAAUCUGGGAUUGAAGUUGUAA